AGAGCCGGAAGCGGGAGGGGAGAGUGAAACAGGAAAAGAAGGGAAGAAGGAAGAAGAGGGAAGAAGAGAGGGAGGAGGAGGGAGGUGGCGGCGCCGUGGCGGAGGAGCAGGAGCAGGAGGGGGAUGGAGAGAAGGCUCCUGGGUGGCAUGGCGCUCCUGCUCCUCCAGGCGCUGCCCAGCCCCCUGUCAGUCAGGGCUGAACCCCCGCAGGAUAAGGAAGCCUGUGUGGGUACCAACAAUCAAAGCUACAUCUGUGACACAGGACACUGCUGUGGACAGUCUCAGUGCUGCAACUACUACUAUGAACUCUGGUGGUUCUGGCUAGUGUGGACCAUCAUCAUCAUCCUGAGCUGCUGCUGUGUCUGCCACCACCGCCGAGCCAAGCACCGCCUUCAGGCCCAGCAGCGGCAACAUGAAAUCAACCUGAUUGCCUACCGGGAAGCCCACAAUUACUCAGCGCUGCCAUUUUAUUUCAGGUUUUUGCCAAACUAUUUACUACCUCCUUAUGAGGAAGUGGUGAACCGACCUCCAACUCCUCCCCCGCCGUACAGUGCCUUCCAGCUACAGCAGCAGCAGCAGCUGCCUCCUCAGUGUGGCCCUGCAGGUGGCAGCCCUCCGGGUGCUGAUCCUACCAGGGGCUCCCAGGGGGCACAGAGCAGCCCCUUGUCUGUGCCCAGCAGAAGCAGCACAAGACCCCCAAGCAUCGCUGAUCCUGAGCCCUCUGACGUGCCAGCUGACCGAGCAGCCACCAAAGCCCCAGGAAUGGAGCCCAGUGGCUCAGUGGCCGGCCUGGGGGAGCUAGACCCAGCGGCCUUCCUGGACAAGGAUUCAGAAUGUAAGGAGGAGCUACUGAAAGAUUCCAGCUCUGAGCAUGGCAGUGUGCUCCCCGAUAGCAAAGACAAGACACCUGGCAGACAUCGCCGCUUCACAGGUGACUCAGGCAUUGAGGUGUGUGUGUGCAACCGGGGCCAUCAUGACGAUGACCUCAAAGAGUUCACCACACUCAUUGAUGAUGCUCUGGAUGGGCCCCUGGACUUCUGUGACAGCUGCCACGUGAGGCCUCCUGGUGAUGAGGAGGAAGGGCUCUGCCAGCCCUCUGAGGAGCAGGCUCGAGAGCCUGGACAUUCCCACCUGCCUCGGCCGCCCGCGUGCCUGCUGCUCAACACCAUCAAUGAGCAGGACUCGCCAAACUCCCAGAGCAGCAGCUCCCCCAGCUAGAGUAGGCCCUGCCUGUGCCCAGAAACUUGGCAAAGCAACCAGGGUAAGGGAGACUCACGAGAGAAGCAUUAAGUGACUUUCAGAGGAAGUGGUACAGCCACUUUUUUUUUCCCUUCUCCUCUCCUGCUUUUUCCUACAUCUCCAAGUACAGUUUGGGGUGUGGGUGCCUCUCCCUCACAAAAGCACAGUAUUGUGGAGGGCUGAGAAGUUGGUUCCAUGACUCAUUCCUCAUCCCCACCUCAUCCCCUUCUUCCCCCCUUUCAAGUCAUAUCUCACCUACCUGCUUUGGUCAGAGAGAUGUGUUUUAAAGCCCCCAAAGAAGGGGACUGGGACUGUGUCCUGUGAUGAUUCUUGGUGAUGUAGUGGAUUUAUGCUCUGGUUUUAGUUUAAGAGAAUUUUGUUGUGUCUCAGUUCAGCAGAAGCAACCCUUCUUAGCCCUGGUUGAAGAAGGAAGCCACAGAGGCCUAGGGUUUGUCAGCUGUGGCUGCCAGUGUCUGCACAGCCAGAGUUGAGCUGAUUCUGUGGGAGGAUGAGAGCUGGUAGACAGGUUGGUAGGAGGCUUGUUGAUCUCUCAAAUUCCAGGUGACAAGAAAAUGUACCACUGUGCAUCCUGGAGGGGCCCCUUCCUUCCCAGCAGGCUCAGGUGUGGAAGAGUAGACUGCCUUUUCUUUCUUUUUUUUUUUUUUAACAAACAACAAAAGCCAGCUAGAAACAAGAAAUUUACCAGUGGGCUUGCAAGAAUUCUCUUCUGGACAAGGGAAGUUUGUGCUUUCCCAGGUUGGCCUACCACGAAUGUGGCUGCAGUUGAGCCAGAGGGAGAUGUUUGUGUGUGGGCUUGGAGUGGGUUAGCUCUGAGCAGUAGGCCCUAAAUCUGGGAGUGGAGAGAAGUGCAGCUUCCUGCAUCUCUGCCCUUUGGUCUGUGCCCACAGGUGACCAGUGUCCUUGUCCAUCCCUAGCACAUGGUCUGCAGGACUUUGUAUCUCCUUGUACUCUUAUGAACAGAGGGUCUGAGGAAGCUGUGGGUCCUGGGAAAGGCAGCCCCGUAGUCUGGUUCUCACACAGUAUUUUUUCUUUGAUUCUGAAUAAGUCUCUUGUUGUUGUGUGUUUGAUUGUUUGUUUUAAACUGACCACUUGGAAGAAAUCCCUUGGUUAUCUGUGGUUCUCAUGCUCUGUCCCUGUCCCUAGCCCACUGGGGUCGGGUGACUCACUUUUCUGUAACUUAUGUAAGGAGUUUUGGUGGCCCAGGUGGGAGGGUGGAGGCAGCCUCCAGAAGGACCACAGGAUCCUUAUUACUGUCGUCUGGUUUUGGACAACCAGUUGAGCUUUGAUAGGAAAACUCUGAAAGGAGAAAGCAAUCAGCUGAAACUAACAUUCCCAUCCAUCCCUGUUCAUAUGAAAAGUUUGGUUCUUCUCCCACUUUUGAAUGAUGAUAUUCAGGCUAGGCAUUGAUGUUAUAGUAAAAAAGGAAAAAAAAAAUAUAUAUAUAUAUAUAUAUAAACAGACAAAUCCAAGGCUGUGAGGUGAAUGAGUGUCUGUUUGGAUUACACAGAACCAAAAUUCAUGUCGAACAAAGUGAAGUCUGUAGACGAUGACUUUGAAUGAUCUGUAGUGUGUGUGUGUGUGUGUGUGUGUCGUGUGUGAGCCCCACACCCCGUGUUCCUGUGAAGAUACUUUGAAUGGCAGCCAACCUGCUCACGUUAACCACACGUCUGAAGCAAAUAUGGCCCUCUCAAGGUAAUUUAUUUUAUGCAUUUACUGUUUACUGAACAAACGUCUGACUGUGUACUCGAGUGUAUUUGGCAGCAUUGUCGACGGCGCCCCCCUGUGUUUGCCUGAGAUACUGCGCUCAAGGUAGAGGUUCCACUCUGCUCAUCACUGCAAUUUGCACAUUGCUCCGUGGACGCUCAGAGGCCUGUGUUCUGUCCCUGUUAAUGGAAGCGUGCUCUGAACCUGUCUGCCUCCCUCCGCUACUCAUUGCCUUCGAUCUCAGCCCCCAGAAGGUGUCCACAACCACUUGGGACAGAAGGCAAAAGUGGAAUUCAGACAGAAGCUUGAUUGGCUCUUCAGUGACAAGCUUGGUCUUGCUGUGGCCCAGACAUCAGCCUGCUCAGAAUUGCCAGGAGGCUUUGGCAGACUCAUGGUGCCACAGCACAAUCCUUCCUUUGCUGAGUUCAGUGGACACAGGCGGACUGGCGUGUGGCCAGAGGGGUGCCACAGCACAGCAGUCCUCAGAUGCCUACCUUCCACCUUCCUUUCGAAAUCACAGACAACUCACUGAAGUGUCUCCAAGGAGAACAAGUUUUACCAAAAGGAAUCCUUCUUCAUUUAACUGAUCAAAUGGAUGAAUCUGACCCUCUAAGUUUCUUUCCCCAGCGGGGAGCUGGUCUGAGUGUUGACUGUUGGCUUCACUGAAGCAUCUUACCCUGAAGGCCUGAGAAGAAGCACAGUGGCCAAGCUGGGCUUACCUAGUAAGCCGCAGUUGGCCACGGCUGCUGGAGGCUUCCUGCUCAGAGAAGGAGACAGGGAACUGAAGGAAUAGUCGGGGGUCAGAGAGACUAGGUUGACGGGGGUCAGAGAGACUAGGUUGAGUCUGGUUUUCCAGAUGAAUGAGAAGGAAAGGAUUGGUGGAGGGUUUGGUGCUACAGUCGGAAGAUUUGCAAAUGCUAACACAUUCCUGUGUGAGGCACAUCACCAUUUGUCAGUUAUUGUGAAUAUGUGUAUUUUAAGCAAUAAGAUUCAGCUGGUCAGAUUUUUCUGGGCAGUCUCAGUGACGCAUUUCCUGUGCUGUGAUUGUUCUGAAGACAGAGUGGCUCUAACCACUGUGAGAAGCCCAAAUAAAAAUUCAUCCCAAAAGUU